UUGUUUUCUUUUUUUCUAACAGAAGCAUCAACGACCUCGUGGAGGUGACAAAACAGUCGCCGGGCGUGGCGGAAGAUGGUCAACGCCGUAACAGCCACCGUCGUAAAGGUCCGCAUCGGGGGAGACUUGGUCGAUGUACCGCCAUCUAACGUGGUAUUAUACCAUGCGACCAAGUCUCUCCUGAUGCACGGGAUCUCGACCCGCUACCCGGGCUACCAGGAAUGCGAGCGGUGCCGAUGCGUGUUUGAGAAUGCCACAGCUUAUACAACCCACAUACGCAAAUAUAACAUCCUGGACUGCUCCCCGCUGACAGUUUGCGCAGGGUGCCUAAAGGAGCGGACGGGGACUCAUGGGGAUUUCUGCGAUAAAGUCGGCUUCAGCAGGCUGAACCGAGUUUGUUUCCUGUGCAACUCGAAAAUGACAGAACGAACCAACUUACACCGGCACAUUAAGACGUCACACCACGACUUGCGUGACACGCCACAAUACGUAGCAUUUAUUGAAGUGGAUCGUGGUGUGGCGUCGGUGCUAAAAUAUCUGGAGUCAUACCCAAGUGAAGAUCUAUACGACAUGCUGGAAAUCAGGAACCGAGGUGAAGACGUCGAAGCAAUCCCCGGACGUAUUUAUACAAAAAUACAGGAGCACUUCCGUGCAAGGUUUCCGGCAUUAUCAAACGGCAUAGCUCCGCCCACGAACCAGAACGGCGCUGAUGCAGAAAUCUCGCAUACGCCGAGCGGUCAACGGGGUUGCCGCGUACGGAUCCGGAGUUUAUCCGACAGUGGCAGCGGCAUCGCAGAAACUGACGACGAGGACAGCGGCGACGAAGUGACCGUGGAAGAAAUAUCCAGAAUGCUGUGUGAUCUAUACAAGCAGCUUGAGUUGAUGAGCAGUUUUAGCCUUCUACCGGAGAACGAUGGCGAUGGUAAGUUUGGGUAACUAGCAGACAAUUCAAGAUACAAAAUUAAAGGUGAAGGUGCUUUUUCUCCGAUUCUGUUGUAAAAU